AAUCAGGAAGAAUGACAGUCUGCCGUGUCUCUGGCUGCUCCUCUGCUGCAUGUCAGCGUCUCCCUGGAAGCUGAAAUGAUCCCAGCUCCUGGCCUCCGACCAGGACAGACUGCAGCCCACCUUUCUCUGGAGGAGCAUCACAGGAAGAAGGUGCUCCUCGCUCAGUGGAUGAAGAGCUGCAGCUCUCUGAACGCCUCUCCUUCUAACUCGUCUGUGAUGAGAACCUGCUGCUGGUUCUGGAGGACCGCCUUCGCUCUGGUGCUCCUCAUCCUCUCCGGAACGGCUCAGUACGACGGGGGGAAUUCUGUCCCGCGGCCCAGCGUCUGCCAGCCCAUCUCCAUCCCGCUCUGCACAGACAUCGCCUACAACCAGACCAUCAUGCCCAACCUGCUGGGUCACACCAGCCAGGAGGACGCCGGCCUGGAGGUCCACCAGUUUUACCCUCUGGUCCAGGUCCAGUGCUCCGCAGAGCUGCAGUUCUUCCUGUGCACCAUGUACGCGCCGGUGUGUACGGUGCUGGACCGGCCCAUCCCGCCCUGCCGGUCCCUGUGUGAGCAGGCGCGGCAGGGCUGCGAGGAGCUCAUGAACAAGUUCGGCUUCCAGUGGCCGGCCAGGCUGCGCUGCCAGAACUUCCCGGUCCACGGAGCCGGAGAGAUCUGCGUGGGUCAGAACACGAGCGACGCUGAAGGUCCCGCCUCUGAGCUGAUCCCGACCACGCUGCCUCCCUUCAUGCGGAGCGAACGUCCCUUCUCCUGUCCCCCGCAGCUUCAGGUGCCCUCCUACCUCAGCUACACCUUCCUGGGGGACAAGGACUGCGGCGCCCCCUGUGAGCCCUCCAAGCCCGGCGGACUCAUGUACUUCAGCGAGGAGGAGUUACAGUUCAGCCGGCUCUGGGUCGGAACCUGGUCCGUCUUGUGCUGCGUCAGCACGCUCUUCACCAUUCUGACGUAUUUACUGGACCGGAGGAGGUUCCUCUACCCAGAGAGGCCCGUCAUCUUCCUGUCUGGCUGCUACUUCAUGGUGGGCCUGGCGUACGGCGCCGGCUUCCUGUUGCAGGACGAGGCAGCGUGUGUGGACAGGUUCAAGGAGGGAGGCUACAGGAUGGUGGUCCAGGGCACAGAGAAGGACGUCUGCACUGGUCUCUUCAUGGUCCUCUACUUCUUCAGCGUGUCCAGCUCCAUGUGGUGGCUCGUCCUGUCCCUCAGCUGGUUCCUGUCUGCAGCGAUGAAGUGGGGCCACGAGGCCAUCGAGGCCAACUCUCAGUACUUCCACCUGGCCGCCUGGGUGGUUCCGGCGCUGAAGACCAUCAUGGUGCUGGCCGUCCGGCAGGUGGAGGGCGAUCCGCUCAGCGGUGUUUGUUCUGUAGGCGUCUACGGCGUGGACGGCCUGCGAGGCUUCGUCCUGGCACCGCUCCUCGUUUACCUCCUCAUCGGCACCGCCUUCCUGCUGACCGGCUUUGUCUCGCUGUUCCACGUCCGAUCCAUCAUGAAGCACAACGGCACCAAGACGGAGAAGCUGGACAGGCUGAUGGUGCGGAUCGGUGCCUUCAGCUUGCUCUACACGGUCUCCCAGGCGGUCACCAUCGCCUGCCUGGUGUAUGAGCAGGCGUUCCGGCCGCAGUGGGACGCCACCUGGCGCGCCCAGACCUGCGGACACUUCGCCGUGCCCUGCCCAGCCGGACACCCUCCUCCCGCCUCGCCCAGCUUCACAGUCUUCAUGAUCAAGUACCUGAUGACCUUAAUGACGGGGGUCACGUCCGGUCUCUGGGUCUGGUCGGGUAAGACGAUGCGGUCUUGGCGGCGUUUUUCUAAGAGAGCGAACAUCAGCGAGCAGCAGGUGGGAAGAAGCUGAAUCAUCAUCUGGGAACGGAUUCAAACCCAGAGGGACAGGAACCCAAACUCAGUCUGACCUUCAGAGUCCAAACAAGCUGAUGCAGCUUUUUACUGUCGUUUUUAGACGUUAAAUCAUGGAUGGCAGAAAAUAUCUUGUGUUAAAUCAGGACAAACUGACGAUUUUAGUUAUUUGCAGAGACUCUCAAAGGGAAAAUCUUGCAUUACAACUUUAAACUCUGGAAACAAGCCUUGAGAUCAGAUUUAAAACCAUUUAAAGUCUGAUUCUUGGCAGAAAAUCAACUCGGUAUAUCUGUGCUAAUGUAACAUUUAAAAACUGUGUAACCCUGUUUGUGUGAAGCUUUGGGUGCUUUUUUUUUAAAUUACACAUUCAACAAGGCUCUUACGCAUCUAAAUAAUUAAAUACCACUAAAACACGCAGAAAAAACUACAUUUAACCACAGAUCAGUUUAAACUCAUUCAUACUUCCAGGAGCCUCAGAGGAUCAUGCAAACUUGCUGCUUUUAAAUGCUGGUAGAAAGCCAGAGCAUUUGCAUUUUCUUCAGUCUAGUGUAAUUUUCCUCUAUAGUUGUGGACUGACUAGA